AUGCUCAAAUACUGCGAAAGUUACACCUGGACGAAACCCAAGUACCACGACGAGUCGCUGAUCCUUGGGAGCGACGAGAUCCCAUGGUGGAGGAGGCAAAACAUGCAGAAGAAGCUGAGAGCGGAAAGUCGGCAGGUUCCUGGAGAAGGAGGCGAACAGCCCAUAUGGUCUUUGAAGGAUGUGAGACAGAUCAUGGCAUCUUACCCGGACGAUGUUGGGGUGCAGAGAAGCAGAGAAAAACAUGCGGAGUUUGUAAGGUCUCAAAUCUUUUCUGGUAUCAAAAUUCCUGCCAAAGAGAAGCUAUGGUUGGAUCAGUACGUGAAGGUCUUCCAAGAAGCACGAGACUCCUUCAAGAAACACUCUCUUCCGACUUCUCCUCGUCCUCGCCGCCUUCCCGUCGAGCCGUUCCCGACCCACCUUGAGCGUGUCAGGGGGCUCAGGCUCAGCACCCAACUGCAAGAGGACGAGGACAACUACCUUCACAGGAGAGCUGCUGCCCUGCUCGGGGUGAGCCUCUCCUGCAUAGAUCACUGCUACGUGCCGAUAGAAACAGAGAUCUGGAAGAAACUCGGCAGCGUCUCGGAUUUUCGCUACAUCUCCACGCAGGCGGCCAAAGACAUCCUGCGGGACAUGGACGGGAAGUAA